AUGGGUCUUCUGCUGUUCUCCAUCUGCUUGUUUAUCUUUGGUCCUCCUCUGGCAUCAACUUCCGAACCAUACUAUAUGGUGACCGUUCCAGCUCAGAUGGUCUACCCAUCACAAGAUAGAGCAUGUGUUCUCAUUCUCCACCUGCAGGGGGAGAUCAAACUGAAAAUGGCACUAAAGAAAGAUGACACCAUUCAUCAAGUAGCUGAGGAUAUUAUAAACACCCCUAAUUAUGUACACUGUUAUUCUUUCCAGCUUCCUGCUGUUGUGGAGGAUGAGGUCUGGCUGUUCCAUGUUUCCAUGGACGGGGAGCAUUUGCACCUGGAGAAGACUAAGAAAGUUCUAAUCUACAAAAGGUCCCAUGUGACAUUCAUCCAGACAGAUAAACCCUACUAUAAACCUGGUCAGACAGUGAAUUUUCGCAUUGUAACACUGGACAACAAUUUCCAAGCUCAGAAUAAGAAGUAUCCUCUGGUGGAAAUAAUGGACCCGGAUAACAAUCGCAUUGCACAAUGGUUGGACGUCACUCCGAAUCAAGGAAUUGCUUCCCUUAGCUUCCCUCUGGCAAAUGAGCUUAAUCUCGGGGAUUACACAAUAAACAUUCCUGAAACCUACAGGGUAACGUUCUCUGUAUCUGAAUAUGUCCUGAGGAGAUACAGCAUUAAUAUUGAGGUCCCAUCAAUACUGGAUGUGAUGACAGAUGACGCUGUAAUAGUCAAAGCAUGUAGCAGUUACACCUAUGGGAAACCAGUCAUUGGCUUGAUGAGCCUCUCUCUCUGCAAAGUUAUGCUUCCUUCAUGGUUCCUGAAUUAUGCCGAUGAUACAGAGGGUAUUCUUUAUGCCAGUGAUGACGACUUAAAGGGCUGCAUACACAUAAAGGACAUACAGACUGAUGACAAAGGCUGUAUAUCCAAGACAUUUGACCUCAGUCUGUUCAACAUCUCUCAGACUGACAGUUCGCAGCAUUUAAAAGUCAGGGCUUUAAUGACAGAGAAGGUUACAGGGAACACAGAACACUCGGCAGUUGUUUCCAGACUGGGCACUGUUGAAUAUUUGGCAUUUUCUGAGGAAGUUGAAUUUUACCAGCAAGGAGUUCCUUUAACAGUCAAGCUAAUGCUCAAAGAUAGAAAAGAAUCCCCCAAAGUGAAUGAAACGGUUUACUUAGUAGUAGGCUUUGAAGCGGAAGACUUGAACCUGACCGCAGUGACAAAUGAAUUGGGUUUGGCAACCUUCAACCUGGAUACCUCUUCAUGGGAGGACAUGGUAUCUAUUAUGGGAAAGAUUUCCUUGGAAGAGGAUGAGGAAAAAGAAAAGACUCAGGCCAGUAAUGCAUAUGCCUGGCUUCAUCCUUUCUAUUCGGAGAGUAAUAGCUUCCUGAAAGUGUUGGCUGUUGAAGGACUCUCUAUGUGUGACACCCAGCAAUUGGUGACUGUGGAAUAUGUCAUCAAUAAAAAGAAGCUGGAUCCUAAUUCUGACCAUCAGUCCUUCUUCUACAUUUUGAUGUCAAAAGGAAUUGUGUCUGUUGGAGAAUAUAAGCUGGAUAUUACAGAACAGCCAGCUGCCUCUGAUCUACAUGGAACAUUUCACUUGAAAUUCAGUAAAGCGAUUGAAUUGUUUCCAAAAGCCACCAUUCUUGUUUUCACUGUUCUGCUAAAUGGAGAUAUUGCAGCAGGAAGAACAAAGUUUGAAGUGCCAAUGUGUCCAAACAAUAAGGUUCAGCUCAAAUAUUCUAAAGAUGAGGUCCAUCCAGGAGAGAUGGUUAGCCUGGAAGUAAAAGCAGAGUCUGGAUCAUUUUGCUCUGUGCGCUCUGUGGAUAAAGGAGUAUUGCUUCACAAGCAACAUGAGAAGUUUAAUCUACCCACCAUGAUGAUCAUGUAUACAUUUCAUAACCUUGAAGUUAACAGACGUGGCCUUCCGUAUAAAAUUGAGGAUUUUGAAAAAUAUCCUUGCUUAAGAAAUGAGAACGAUCCAAGUCCAGAGAUCCAUGAAGGUGUUUGGUACUAUAGUCAUCCGGAUGUUUACAGACUUCUCAAGGAGAGUAAUCUGAAGGUCUUUACAAACACCAAGAUCCGAAAGCCGGUGCUGUGCUCCCUUCCCAACUAUACAAAGCGCAUUUCCCCUAAAAAGGAAAAUACCCUGGAGAAGAAUGCUUCAAAGAAUGAGGUCAAGAAGGCUAUAAUAAGAAGAUUAUUUCCAGAAACGUGGUUGUUCGAUUUGGUGUCUGUGGGCCCCUAUGGAAGCACAGUGCUAAAUCUGACCACACCAGAUAGUAUCACAAAGUUUGACACAGAUGCCUUUUGCUUGGGAAAGUCUGGUUUUGGGGAGAUAAGUAAUGUUAUGCUCACCGCAUUCAAGCCCUAUUUUAUUGAGCUGAUCAUGCCUUACUCUGUGGUACAAGGAGAAAAAUUCACUAUCACGGCAAUGGUAUAUAACUACUUAAAGGAAUGUAUGAUGUGGUCACUUAUCCCACUUCUCCCACUUCUCUUCCAGUAUUGCAGUUUUGUGGACCUGCGUGGCCUGCCGAGUAAUUUCUUUAAUUUCCCUAGCUCUGACUGGAAGGUGUUCACCUCACUGUCUUAUCUGAGGGAUCACUCCACACUCGACAGCAAGGAUCAGAAACAGUGUAUCGGUGCAGAAGAAUCAACCAGCUUCACCUGGAAUGUGACCGCCUCUAAUCUAGGCAGCUUAAAGGUCCAUGUAAGCAGUGCUUCAAUUCAACUUAAAGGGGGGUGCUCAGAUCCACCCCCCAACCUGGGUAAAGACCACCAAGAAGAUAGUACUGAAAAAACAAUAAUUGUAAAGCCUCCUGGACUUCUAGAGGAAAAGACACAGACAUCCCUCCUCUGUCCAUCAGGUGACAGUGUCCACACAGAGGUGUCAUUAAAUCUUCCAGACAGAGUUGUACCGGGGUCAGAUCAGGCUCUUUUAACUGUAUUAGGAGAUUUGAUGGGCAGUGCCAUCGCUAACCUGGGACAGGCCAUCUCCCAUCCAGAAGGGAGUGGGGAGCGCAAUCUAGUGACAUUUUUACCAAAUGUCCAAAUAGUAAAAUAUCUAGAAGCUACUAAUCAACUGACACCUAAGAUCAAAUCUGAGGCUCUCACAUACAUGACUAAAGGUUAUCAGAGACAGCUGAUGUUUAAAAGCGAGAACGGCUCUUACAGUGUGUUCCAUGGCUACAAGCCCAGUGCAUGGCUCACUGCCUUCACAUUGAGGUCAUUUGUUCAUGCUCAAGAGCUCAUAUACAUCCAGGAGAAGCAUAUAGAGGAUGCUGUAAGGUGGCUGGGCCAGCUGCAACAGGCCAAUGGCUGCUUUGAAACAGUCGGAUCCAUUUUUCAAGAUUACUUAAGGGAAGGGGGUGAGGAUGAGGUGACACUUACAGCGUACAUAACAAUAGCUCUUCUGGAAUAUGGGAAAGUGUUCAACGGCACAAUGGUAGAUAGAGCAUUGAAAUGUUUGAAGGAUUCAGUGGACACGGUAAACUGUACAUACACCCAGGCUCUGAUGGCCUAUGCCUUUACCUUAUCUGGAGAUGGGGACCUGAGGAAACAGAUGCUGGAGAGCCUAGAAGAAAGUGCUGAAAAAACAGGUGGGACCAAACACUGGGGAACUAGCACCCAGGGUCAUGGAGGUGUGGAAAUAUCUGCAUAUGUUGUGCUGGCUAUAUUAUCCAAGGAGGCCACUUCCCAUAAAGAUAUUGAGGAGGCAUCAAGCAUUGUCAGCUGGAUGGUGAAAACGCAGAGACCCCAGGGUGGAUUCUACGCAACUCAGGAUACAGUGGUUGGACUUCAAGCUUUUACCAAAUAUGCAAAGGCCACCUACAGGGACGAGCCAGAUGUCACUGUGUUUAUUAGGUCCUUGUCUGGAUUCCAGAGGCAAUUUCAUGUGGACAAAACAAACAGCCUGCUUUUACAGAAGGAACCUUUACCAGAUACUUCAGGGGUGUAUACAGUUACUGCCACAGGAAAUGGAUGCGUCCUUGUUCAAACACAUUUGAACUACAACAUACAACCAGAAAAGUCUGAUACUCACUUUUCCCUCACAAUCAGCACCCAGCCAGCAGUGUGCACAAAAGAAGUGCUGAAAAAACUUGACAUUAACAUGGAAGUCAGUUAUUCCGGAGAACAUUCCGCUGCCAAUAUUGUUAUAAUUGAAGUGGACAUGCUCUCAGGAUUUCUUCCAGAUAAAAAGAGCUUGAAAAAGUUAAAGAAGAAAAAAUCUGUGGUUGAAAGAACUGAAGCUACAGGAGAUAAAGUAACCAUCUACCUCUAUAAGCUCACACAUGAGCCUGUCACCUUAGCUUUCUUGGUGGAACAAGAAGUACAUGUCAACAAUCUGCAGCCCGCAAUUGUGAAAGUUUAUGAUUACUCCAGUCCAGAUAAGCUUGCUGUGGCUACCUAUAAUUCUCCCUGCAGUACAGAAUCUCCUGCAAUGCCUGUUAAAGGUUCUCAGAGUGUCCAGAGGAUGGAGAUGACGUUCAUUGGCAAUCCUCUACCUUCAUCAAAGGACAAUGAGUUUUAUAUCUGA